UAACUUUAUGAAGGAGUUUUUCGCGCAGAUUUGUAUGGUAAAUAUUGUAAGUUCUUCUGAUUUUAAUCGCUGAAAACAAUUGUUUGGUAGAACAAAAUGUCUGAGCAUCAACGCAGUUCUAUUUCGGACGGCGAAGAAGAGCCUGAUGAUGGUCAGAUCGACCAUCCUAACCGUGACAAUGACGCGGACAUUCGCAAGAAUCUCUUCGAUGAAUUUGAUGAUCCUGUAAAAGAAAAGACCUCUUCGGACACUUCUGGGAGAGAAUACAUUAAGGUUUAUUUAAGAGCACGGCCGUUUAGUAGCGAAGAACUCGAGGCAAACGAAGAUCAACAAUGUGUAGAGAGAGAAAGCCGUACUUCGGUCUUAAUGAACGCGCCAAAGGAAUCGUUUGCAUUCAAAAACAGCACUCGGGCUGGCGGUGAGAUUUCGCAUCGAUUUUCGUUCACAAAUGUGUUUAGUGAGGAUACAACACAGAAAGUUUUCUUCGAUGAGACAACUCUUCCUUUGGUAACGGACUUCAUUAAGGGACAAAAUUGUUUGGUUUUUACCUACGGGGUGACUAACUCGGGAAAGACUUACACAAUUCAAGGAACCCCCAAAGAUGGUGGGAUUCUACCUCGAAGUCUUGAUGUACUCUUUAACAGUAUAGAGGGAAAGAGUUACGAGAGAAUGGACCUCAAACCAAGAUUCUGCACAGAUGUUGUGAGGCUUACAUAUGACGAGGAACAGAAGGAAAGUAAUUUCAAGUGUGCGUUACUCUCGUCUCUCAACAAAGAGACUUUUGACAUAAAUGCAUUUCUCAAACUGGACCAAGACUCUACUGCUGACUUGUCAAAAGUCAGUUGUAUUGAUGACUCAGUUCUGCAUAACACAAUCAAGAGUCAGGAUGGAGGACAUGAAGAGUCCUCCAUUGACAAUGACGAGAAUAUUUCUCGGGUGGCAGAUGACACCACAAUCAAUGUAGAUGCACAAGGACCAGUCAAAUUCUCUGUCUGGGUUUCUUAUGCUGAAAUCUACAAUGAAACAAUCUUUGAUUUGUUGGAGCCAUGUCCAACAGGGAAAGGUAAAAAAAGAACAACACUCAGACUUGGUGAUGAUGCAAACGGGAACCCCUAUAUCAAAGGAUUGAGAGAAAUUUAUGUCUCCAAUGCUGAUGAAGCCUACAAGAUUCUUAAGAUUGGCCAGAAAAAUCAAAGAAUAGCUUCCACAAAGUUAAACCAGUGUUCCAGUCGCAGUCACUGUAUCUUCAGUAUCAAGGUUCUGCGAGUAGUUGAUGUUGAUGAUCCUCAUGUAGCAAGAGUUAGCAGACUUUCAUUUGUAGAUUUAGCAGGAUCUGAGCGCUACUCAAAAACCCAGAGCAAGGGAGACAGACUCAAAGAAGCUGGUAACAUCAACACUUCCUUGAUGACGUUAGGCAAAUGCCUGGAAUAUUUACGUUACAAUCAGAAAAACCCGAAUCAACCCCUUAUUAUCCCAUUCCGUGAAAGUAAACUCACUAGACUGUUUCAGGGAUUUUUCUGUGGAAAAGGAAGGGCUUCCAUGAUUGUCAAUGUUAACAUGUGUGCUUCUAUGUUUGAUGAAACAUUCCAUGUGAUGAAGUUUUCAGCUAUCGCCAAAAAGGUGACUACCAGAGUGUCCAAACCAGUGGAUUUACCUCCUCCAGCAAAGAAGGCCCGUGCCUUGGCUGCCACACCACGCUCCAAACCAGCAAGGCCCUCUGUGCCAUGGAUCAAAGGAGCACUUCACACACCAGCCCCUUGUGAUGAUACUCUAGCAGAGGUUGAUGAAGAGAUAGAGGAGGAAAGUGUCAUUAUGGAACCCAACCCUUAUCAACAGCAACUUGUGGACUUGGUUAAAGUUCUCCAAGAACAACUGAUCGAAGAGAAGCGUAAGAUGCAGACACUGGAAGUAAAGAUACGAGAGGAAGUGUGCAAGGAAAUGGCUGAACAGCUUGUUUCCAUCGAGAAAGCCUACAGUCAACGUGUUAAAAUGGAAGUAACCGCUGUUGAGGAGAAGUGUGAUCGCAGGAUCGAAUUGCUGACGCAGUCCGUCAAAAUAUCUAGAAAAAGAGCUCGGGUCGAACGAAUAGAAGAGGAAGACGAGGAAUGGGUGCCAAGUGUGUUUUUACAUACAGAGCAGACUAAAGUUCGGGAGCAGCAGCAACUCAUUGGUGGACUGAACGCACAGAUUGCUGAGUUGCGCCAGGAAAUCAAACAACUAAAAGAAAACAAACAAGAAGAAGCAGCGACCUCACAGGCAGUUUUGGAAUUGCAGGCUCACUUGAAUCACGCCAACGAGGAAGCUCAGAACUUAAACAGAUGCUUGAAGAGGCUGGCGAAGCAUUCUCUGAGAAGGAAGCAGAGAUCAGACGCAACCUUACAACAUCUCACAAAUGAGCUACAGAAGGAGAAGGAAGCGCCUAAGAAGACGGAAAAUUCCGCUGAGCUUUUGCGGACACAAGGUGCCCUGGACGCUGCCUUGGCCAAACUUUCAAACACAGAGCAUCAGUUAGAGACAAAUAACACAAUGAUGAAAGAAUUAGUGAGGACAUUGGAGGAGACAAGAGAAGAAUUAGCCCGUGAGAAAAGUUAUGUCGCUCAAGCAUUCGACAACGACGAAGAACUAAUAAGAAUUAAAGACGAGCUGCAGAAAGCAGAAGAACGCUGUAAGGAGCUGGAGAAGGAGAUAUCGUCUUUAAAUCAGGUUAUUGAGGAUUCACAAGUAAAAAGAAAUACCGAGGCCGAGGAGACAGACAACAUUAUGGCCACCGAGAUGGCUGUUUUGGCAAAGCAACUUGAAGCAGCUAAAGGAGAGAUGUACCAUGCCAAAGCUGAACUAGAAACGUUGAAAGGCGAGUGCAAAGAAAAAGAAUCUCAACUUGAGUUGAUGAAGAAGGAGUUUGGCGAAAAAGUGACAGAAUUGGAUGACGCUAAGAAAGAUAUUUGUGAUAAAAUGGCUGCACUGGACGACAUGAAGAAACGAGUUACAGAAAAGGAGACACAACUGAAGAACAUUCAGGAGGCGAAUUUAAAGACGACAGCGGAAUUGAAGAAUGCCAAGAAAGCUCUUGAAGAAGAGAUCGCAGUUUUGUCCAAGAAAGAAUGCGACGUUUACCAGGCAGAAGGUCCUGAAGACUUGAGCAAAGAAAGUGCCCAAGACGUUGAAAAGCAAGAAGUUAGAACUAAAAGGAUGGAAAAGGAAAUCGAGGAAAAAGAUGCAGAAUUGAAGAGCGUCAAGAGUGAGAGCAGGAGAAGGAUAAAUGAACUGGAAUCGGAGUUGGUAGAGUGUAAAAAAGAAAUGAAGAAACUUCAUAGUGAAGAUAGUUUGAAAGAAUUGGAAAAACAGUUGGAAGAAUCCACAAAAGCGCUGGACAAGAAAAACAGUCAGGUUAUUGCCAGAAAUAACACCAUGAAACGCCUCGAAAUGUCCCUAGCAGAGAAAGAGAAGCAUCUGUCCGAAAUGGAAAAGCUACCCAAGGAAAAUAAUCUGAAAACUAAGGAAGAAUUGAAAACGUUAAGAAGACGACUUGUCCAAGCUGAUAAAGAGAGAGAGGAAAGUAAGGAUAUGAUGGCUAAAAAGAACGUGACACUUGAAGAAACUAGGCUGGAACUUGAGAGGUUAAAGAGAGAGUACGAUGAGAAAUCCGCCAAAUUUCUCGAGGAACUACAAGAAGUAAGGGCGGAAAUCGAUGUAGAAAAAGAAGAAACGAAGAAGAAAGACGAACGCAUUCAGUCUUUGGAAGAAAAGUUGAAUUCUCAGCAGCUAAAGAAUGCUUGUUUACAAACGCAGCUGGAAAAUGAGAAGAGAAACGUGUUGGAAAAAGAGAAAGCUGUUGAAGAGGCGAGUAAAGAAAUGUGUAAUGCACGAAGUGCGUCAGCGAAUGAGUUAGAUGAAAAGAAAAAGCGUCUAGCUUCUAUGGAUGGAAAAGUUCAUGAACUAAAAGAUGAACUUUCUGCUGCGAACGAGACAACUUCACGACUGCAAACUGAAAUUCAAAGAUAUAAAAACCAAGUUGUACCAGAUCUUGAACAUAAAGUGAGAUUCCUCGAGGAAGGAAUGACACGCAGUGAUGAGAGGAUUAAGGAAGCCAAAGUAAAGCUGGAACAGGAGACGAAUGAGGCGAACGCGAGACUGAAAAAAAGAAACGAGGAAAUUGAAGAGAAAGUGAAAGAAAUCGAAGAGCUGAGGGAAAAAAUAAAGACGAUUGAUCAACAAAAGUUCCAAGAAUUGGACAAGGUGUGGAAGGAGAUGAUGUCCAUGCAAAAGACCAUCGAAGACAGGAACAAAUCGAUCGACGAACUGGAACAAAAUAUUAGGAAAGCAUCAAUUGAAAAUGAAAAAUCCCGAGAACAGAUCAGGACACUUACAGACAAAGUGAAAACACUGAAUGACGAAAAGAGUUCCAUGGAAGGAAAUCUGCGUCUAUUCUCGUCAGAUGCGGGAAAGGACAAAGACGUGAUUGCCAACCUGAAAAAAGUUUUAGAGGAACAAGAUGUAUUAUUAGCUGAACAAGGACAGGCACUUGAAGAAAGACAGGAUGAAUUGGAAACUCUCUCCAUAGAACUGCAAACUUGGCAAGAAAAGUGUGAGUUAGCAACUAAGGAACUGGACAUAAAGAAGGGGGAAAUAACCAGCUUGAAGAAGAAAGCGACGGCUGCUAGCGAUGCUAUGAAAGAUAUGUCCAAUAAGAGCGAGGCUAAUGAGCGAAACAUAUUCGAGCGGAUGCAGAACAUGGAGAAGGAAAUAGCCAUGUUGCAGAAAGAACGUGCAACUCUUGAGGAAAAGCUGGUAAAGAAAGACGAGGAAAUAAGCAAAAUGAACGAUUCAAGAGACAACAUCAUGAAAACCAUGCGUCAAACAUUAGAGGUGGCUAACGCCAAAAAGGCAGAGUAUGAGAUCAAACUAUUCACAAUCCGCGAGCAGUGUAGACAGGAUUUGAGAAGAGAGAUGGAAGAGGAACUGCGGAAAACGAAACGGGAUUACCAGAGGCAGCUUGACGACAAGGAUAGGAGUAUAGAGGAGAUUAAACAUGAAAAAGAAAGCGUAGAAAGAGAACUCGCUGCCGAAAGAAGUGAAUCUUCAAAAACAGAUUCCUCUACUUCGGACCUUGAUGUAGCUGACAAAGUGGAUUUGACAACGUCUUGUUCAAGAUCAGCGAAGAAACCCUUGAAGAGGAACAGCAGUGACAUCCCAUUGUCUCAGCUCAAAACCAAAUGGACGAAGGUACAAAAAACAGACGACAAUGACGAGGACUUUACUCCGGGCUCUUCAAGGAAAACGCGAAGCCGCCCGGGAACAAGGCAAUCUGUGAGAAACAAACAGACGACACCCGCAACAAAGUCGACGACCUUACCAGUUAAAAAGUCGUCAGUGGACGAGACAGAACCACCCAAAGUAGAACCAAAAAAGAAAAAACUCUUCAAAGAAUUGCAAGAAAAUACUGCAGUGAAAGACAGUGACAAGUACUCAUCGCAAUCGAAUGAAGAAGCAGAAAAUGUUCCACCAAAAUUGACUCAAUCCUCCGCGAAAAAGGGAAAGAAACUGUUCAAGAAACCUUCUGCAAUGACAGCUCUCUUGUCUCCGACAAAACAGGGAUGUCGUGAGGUGAAAACAGAGCAAGAUUUCACAAGAACCAUUAUUGCCAGACAGUUGCGUCCGCGAGCUAUCAAAUAUAACGAGUGAUAAAAUUGGAAAUAUCUGAGGUAGCACAGAACAUGGCAGUAGUGACGUUGUGUCGUUUCGUGUUUUAAGUUUUCCGACGGAAUUGUAGGUAAAAGUUGAAAAUUAUCUAGUCUAGAAGCUAUAGUUUAGUUAUUCCGUACCGAAAUGAUUUAAAUUUGCUAAAAAGCAAAAAUUACUGGUAAGAAAGGUUAAUGUUCCUUCGAAAAGUUUGACUAUUUUUGAGGUAGAAAUUAGAGAUUCGUUAUGAUAACAGGACUGACAAUAUGUGUAAAUUGGAAGCUCGUAAAUUGUGAUGAGAUCAGAGAAGAAGGGGUAAUUUUAGGAUACUGCAAAAUCAUUCAGUUGUAAAGGCUUAACUUUCUUACUUGAAAGAAAGGUAAAAAGAACUCUACUUACGGUACUCUCACCAUGAUACAUCAACAAACCAUAGCACACUCCAGCAUAGAGGCUAAUGACGACGUAU